CGUGACCGAAAAUCAUCGUAAUCUUAGCCGCCAUAUUGGAUAACACAACCUCUUUGAUUUGUUAGCGACUCAAUUGAUUUGAAUCAUGGGUCGAGUUAUCCGUGCACAGCGUAAAGGAGCUGGAUCUGUCUUCAGAUCUCACACAAAAAGGAGAAAGGGAGCUCCUAAACUACGAUCUCUCGAUUAUUCUGAAAGACAUGGAUAUAUUAAGGGUGUUGUUAAGGACAUCAUUCAUGACCCUGGUAGAGGUGCUCCAUUGGCUGUAGUCCACUUUAGAGAUCCUUAUAAAUUUAAAACAAGGAAAGAACUCUUUAUUGCUCCAGAGGGCAUGUACACUGGACAAUUUGUCUACUGUGGAAAGAAAGCAACUCUUCAGAUUGGCAACGUGAUGCCUGUUGGAACUAUGCCAGAAGGUACAAUUGUCUGUAAUCUAGAAGAGAAAACUGGAGAUCGAGGCCGACUUGCUCGAGCUUCUGGAAAUUAUGCUACCGUAAUUGCCCACAAUCCUGACACCAAAAAAACCAGGGUUAAAUUACCAUCUGGGGCCAAAAAAGUCAUUCCAUCCAAUAACAGAGCUAUGGUUGGUAUUGUUGCUGGUGGUGGACGUAUUGAUAAACCAAUCUUGAAAGCUGGUCGUGCUUAUCACAAAUAUAAGGCCAAGAGAAAUUGCUGGCCUAAGGUUCGUGGUGUUGCUAUGAAUCCUGUCGAGCAUCCUCACGGUGGUGGUAACCAUCAACAUAUUGGUAAAGCUUCAACAGUUAAACGAGGAACUAGCGCAGGUCGUAAAGUUGGUCUUAUUGCUGCUCGUCGUACUGGAAGAAUUCGAGGAGGAAAGACAGAGACCAAGAAAGAAGAUUAGGCUACACGUUAAUUAUUUCUUGGUACAGAUUAUCUAAUAAAAAAAUGAUCAAAAAGCUAAAAAA